CGCUACUAUGCCUCCUUCCCGAGCCACCAGGUGAUCAAGAUGCCGGCCCUGUCGCCCACAAUGCAGGCUGGCAACAUUGGCGCCUGGCAGAAGAAGCCCGGCGACACCAUCGCCCCCGGCGAGGUGCUGGUCGAGAUCGAGACGGAUAAGGCGCAGAUGGACUUUGAGUUCCAGGAGGAGGGCGUCAUUGCCAAGAUCCUCAAGGAGGCUGGUGAGAAGGACGUCGCUGUCGGCACCCCCAUCGCUGUCCUUGUCGAGGAGGGAACCGACAUCUCCGCCUUCGAGAAGUUCUCUCUGGAGGAUGCUGGCGGCGACGCCGCUCCUGCUGCCCCCAAGAAGGAGUCUGAACCCGCUCCUCAGUCCACCCCCGCGUCUGCCCCUCAGACCACCGCCCCUCCUGAGCAGUACGCUUCCAAGGGCAGGCUGCAGACUGCUCUCGACCGUCUGCCCAACGCUGCUCCUGCCGCCAUCCGCCUGGCCCGGUCCAAGGGCAUCAGCCUGGACGGCGUCAAGGGCACUGGCAAGGGCGGCAAGAUCACUGAGGAGGACGUCAAGAAGCUGAUUGCCAGCCCCGCCGUCUCUGCCCCCAGCGCCACCUUCGAGGACAUUCCCAUCAGCGGCAUGCGAAAGACCAUUGCCAACCGACUCCAGGAGUCAACCCAGACCAACCCCCACUUCUACGUUACCAGCUCCAUCUCCGUCACCAAGCUGCUGAAGCUGCGACAGGCUCUCAACACCUCUGGCGAGGGCAAGUACAAGCUGUCCGUCAACGACUUCCUCAUCAAGGCCAUGGCCGUCGCCUCCAAGAAGGUCCCGGCCGCCAACGCCAGCUGGCGCGGUGAUGUUAUCCGCCAGUUCUCCACCGUCGACGUCUCCGUCGCCGUCGCCACCCCCACUGGCCUCAUCACCCCCAUUGUCACUGGCGUUGAGGGCCGUGGCCUCGAGUCCAUCUCCGCCAAGGUCAAGGAGCUCGCCAAGAGGGCGCGAGACGGCAAGCUCAAGCCCGAGGAGUACCAGGGCGGCACCAUCUCCAUCUCCAACAUGGGCAUGAACGACGCCGUCGAGCACUUCACCGCCGUCAUCAACCCUCCCCAGGCCGCCAUCCUGGCUGUUGGCACCACCCGAAAGGUCGCCGUUCCCGGCAAGGACGAGGACGGUGAGACGACUGUUGAGUGGGAUGACCAGAUUACUGUCACCGGCAGCUUCGACCACAAGGUCGUUGACGGUGCCACCGGUGCUGAGUGGAUGCGUGAGCUCAAGAAGGUCCUCGAGAACCCCCUGGAGCUCCUCCUGUAA